UCGAUUAGCUAGGUUGGGGCGGCUGAGGUUCCUCUUUCGAGGCUGUCACUAAAAAAUCUCGUGUUGGUUCCUUAUUAAGGAGCCACUUGCUGCUAACCCGGGGCCCAAUACCUACUGUCUCGUAAUAUCGACUUAUCGGUGGCGCCCCGCGAUCCGAGAUCGACUUAUAAAGGACGGUCGACGGGCACCCGAUCGGAAUCUAGACGUCGACUGUUGACGUACCAAGACCCUCCGGAGACACUUGCGACAGCAUCCGGGCAUACACGGUCACGAUGGCGUCCCAACCCGACAGUUUCCCGCAAUUCUCCAAAUUGCCCCUGGAACUGCGGGACAUGAUAUGGGAAUAUGCCCUCCCCGAGCCUAGGGUCUUCGAGGUACUCGAUUCGCCGUGCUCGGCCCAGCCGCAGAAUACGCCUUCGGCUCGCCUCAUGUUCGCCGACGUCCGGAACGAGCCCCCGCCGUCUAUAGCGCGGGUGAGCCGCGACGCUCGGCAAGCCGUGCUGCGCCGCUACAAGCCCAUCGUCUUUUCCGGCACGGUGAAGCACCUGGACCUGUGUCGAGACAUUAUCCUACUCGAUUCGUACCUGCAGGUGAAGAGGCUUCUCAAGGUGAUGCGCCUGCUCAGCCAGAUCGAGUCCAUCCGCCGGAGCGUUACCAAGAUAGCCCUCGGCACGUCGUGGGGCCUCCACACCGGAUUGCACCUGCGGCUGUUCCACCGCUCUGUCCAGACGGGGCGUAACAUGGCCAAGUUCCUCGAGUACGUCAGCAAAUUCCGCCAACUGGAGACCGUCAUCCUCGUCGUGUACCAGCGCUCGGCCUUCAACCUCCGGCUCCGGUGUCCAGACCAGCAGCUCCUACCCUGGCCCCACUACGACCUGUGCGAACCGUAUCACUUCAACUUCAACGUCAACUUCAACUUGGAGAAUUACUGGCUGCGCCGACCCUACCAGAGCAGGCUCGUGCGGUACGACCCCGAGGAAGGCGGCGACAAGGCGACGCAGAGGCCGCCGUCCCAGACGCUCCCAAGGCAUUCGAAACAGUGUGCACACGAUCCGCAACCGCGCAGCUACCAAGUGCACGACCUGAAAGGCACGUUCGAGGGCUGGCUGAGGAAAUUUACCGAAGCUAAAGCGUCAGGGAAGACAUCGUACAAGGUCCCAAGCCUCGAGACGGCCACCCUGACGUGGAUAUACACGGGGGUGAAAAAUGGGAACCUCUACUGAAAGGGGCGAGACUGCGGCAAGGCGUAUCGGAUGAGCGUCGAGACCUCUCUCUUGCCUCUGCGAAGCUCGCCUUGCGAUCUCAGCCCGGUGCUGCGUGAGCGCGCGGCAGUAUCUGCGCGUUUCCGACAUGGGAAGGGGGAAUACAGAUCCCCCAAUGACAGUUUUUGGGAUGUGUCCCACUCCGUCGGUUCUCUAGGCAGGCAACCUUCCUCCGAGUAGAGCCCUCUACCGCUAACGAUAUGUAUCUUAUCGAGGCGGCCAGGAAUGGUCUGGGAACUGCGUG